AAAAAUCACCAAUGAAGUUGUCUCGAAUGUUCAAAAAGACACCUUAAUUUUGCGGGCGUUCUAUCCACAAAAGUAUUGAAUAUCUUUAUAAAAAAGGACUAUUUUAAGCCAUGCAUUUCUCAUCUGGUAAGACGCGUGUGAGCAUAUCACCUGGUAUUGAAUACCUUUCUUUUCUUUCUUUUGUUUUCCAUUUCUCGACUUUUCAUGUCUUUUCGAUUUCUUGGUCAAGGGAUAAUGGAGUGGAGAUAAUCUCCUUCAUUUUUGUCAAUUCUUGGUCAAAAUUCUUGGAGGAAUAGCUGAGUAAACAAGGAAUUGAAGGUUAACACGCUAGGGUUUUCUUACAUUAUUUGAAAAAGAUCACAUUUUAAUAAGAAAUUAAACCUUGAACAAUUUCAAAUUAAGUUUAUUUACUGAAAAUUAGAAGCGAAUAGUUUUUGGGGAAGAUGAUGAAUUCAUCAGAGAGAGUUCCAACAGCUCUUUUGAGCUUGUUUUGAGGAAGAUGAUGAAUUUAAAUAAAGUAAAUAAUCAAUAAAGAAAAAGCUGAAACCUGACAUCUUUUAAUUGUGUUUUAGCACAAAAAACAGACUUUCACGUGCGUGUUGUGUCUGUUCACAAAUCAUGUGAGAAAAUGGAUCAAAAUGAUUCUUUUACAAAGAUAUUCACUACUUUUGUGGAGUAAUAGGACGACCGCAAAAUAAGGUAUCUUUUUAAAAAUCUGAAACAACUUCUACGUCUUUUCUCUUGAUAAAACAAUUAUACUAGAUCAAGCCUCAUUAAAAAAAGAAUGACGGCCCUGAAUCCUAUAAAUCUAAGCUACUUCCCUAGAACAAUAAGUAUUAAUUAUUUAGAAAUGGUUACAGAAAAUUAUAUUCCUAAACCUUCCACUUGAUGUAUAUAUGGACAUAUGGAGAUAGGCUAGUGCACAUGAAUAAAAGUUUCUUUAACAAAAAUUUCUCAACCCCCAAAGUGUUACAACUAGUGCCUAGUGGUCUGUUUGGUAGUAUUUUCAAUAAUUGGCCCAAGAUAAUGUAAUAAAAUAUCAACUAUAUCCAUUUUUUCAUCUUUAUAAACCAAGAAAUGAUUCUACUUCCCUUACUUGUCAAGCCCACUUUACUAGUCUCCUAGCCCUUUUUGUUAAUUUUUCCCUUGCACUUUCAACUAUGUCUAUAGUUGUAAUAACCACUUCUCUCCUCAUCUUCUUUGCGUACUUAACCAAUGCAAAUGACAUGUUCUAUAACAAUAACAACAAUAAUAAUAUUGAUGAGGAGGUAAAAGGUAUAUAUGAAAUAUGGUUGGUAGAGCACGGUAAAAUAUAUAAUGGGCUAGGAGAAAAGGGGAAAAGAUUCGAGAUUUUUAAAGAUAAUUUGAGGUUCAUCGAGGAACAUAACAACUUGAAAAAUCAGACGUAUGUGCUAGGAUUGAACCGAUUUGCUGAUCUCACGAACGAGGAAUACAGGACCAUGUUUUUGGGCACGAGGAGUGAUGCUAGGCGCCGCCUUGUUAAGUCUAAGAACGCUAGCCAUCGUUAUGUUUUUCGGGCUAGCGAUCAUGUACCGGAAUCGGUUGAUUGGAGGAAGAAAGGUGCAGUUGCUCCUAUUAAGGACCAAGGGAGUUGUGGGAGCUGUUGGGCCUUCUCAACAGUAGCUGCAGUAGAAGGCAUAAACCAAAUAUCAACAGGAGAAAUGAUCACCUUAUCUGAGCAAGAAUUAGUAGAUUGUGACACAAUGUAUAAUGAUGGUUGCAAUGGUGGCCUUAUGGAUUAUGCUUUUCAAUUUAUCAUAUCCAAUGGUGGUAUUGACACUGAAUCUCACUAUCCUUACAAGGGCAUCGACCACAAAUGUGAUCUUGUUCGGAAGAAUGCAAAGGUUGUGAGCAUAGAUGAUUAUGAAGACGUGCCAGCAAAUGAAAAUGCACUUGAGAAGGCUGUAGCGCAUCAACCUAUUAGCGUAGCCAUUGAAGCUUCAGGCAGGGUUUUUCAGCUUUACUCCUCGGGCAUAUUUACUGGAAAAUGCGGAACGCAAUUGGACCACGGUGUGGUGGUGGUUGGCUAUGGCACAGAAAACGGAGUGGACUAUUGGAUCGUGAGGAACUCAUGGGGCACUAAUUGGGGCGAAGAUGGCUACAUCAAAAUGGAGAAGAAUAUAGAAGCCACAAAUUCUGGCAAAUGUGGAAUUGCAAUGAUGGCGUCUUAUCCAAUUAAGAAUGCCAUAAACAAAAUUACUAUGGGAGAAGACGGGAUUAUAAGAAGUACCUAAAGAAAUAAAACUGCCACAAAGUGGAUUACUUGGGCGUUGUUACUCCAUGAGCAUUAUUUGGGCAUUCCUUUUAAUGGAUUUGUCUUAAUAUAUGUAUGUUUAUUUAAGGAUCAAAGCCUUUAUUUUAUAUGUUGACAAAGUUAAA